GCUCUCAGAGCUGCAGGAACCCAAUGGCAAGCCCAGUCACCCGCGGGGAAUAAAUGGUGAGGUCUGACACGUCUUUGUUAGGGGGAAACAUUUGGACGGCGACGUCGCAAAGAUGGUGCGUGGAGUUUAUGGCAGUCUGCGGAAAGAAGAAUACUUCGCAGGACUGCUUCUGCUCGCGGCGGCGGGGUUUGGGCUCUUGAUGCAUGAAGUCACGGCUUUGCCUGUCUGGAGACUUGAGGAAGAAGCUCUCAUGUCUGGUGUUUUAAUCAUUGGAAUUCAUAAAGACGCCCGCUCCCAUGUGCUUCACCUUUCCAGAAACAAACGCUACACGCUCACUCCAGAGAAACUGAAGUGGGACAAAUUCAAGCUGACUUACAAACUGCUGUCAUUUCCAAGGAAUCUUUUGAAUGCCAGUGACACAAGGAGAGGCAUAGCCAAGGCCUUCUCUAUGUGGAGCGAUGUCUCGCCCUUCAGUUUUCGUGAGGUCCCAUCUGAUCAAGAGGCCGACAUCAAAAUCGGCUUCUACUCUGGAAACCACACAGACUGUCUGCAGUCCUACCUGCACCACUGUUUCGACGGCAUCACUGGAGAACUGGCCCACGCCUUCUUUCCUCAGACCGGAGAGAUCCACUUUGAUGAUGAUGAGUACUGGAUUCUGGGAAACAUGCGCUUCAGCUGGAAUAAAGGAGUGUGGCUGACAGAUCUAGUUCACGUGGCUGCUCAUGAGAUUGGUCAUGUACUGGGUUUGAUGCAUUCCCAGAAUCGCAAGGCUUUAAUGCACCUCAAUGCCACAUUGACAGGCCGCAAACUCAUCACUCAAGAUGAGGUUUGGGGAUUACAUCGACUCUAUGGAUGUUUGGAUCGAUUAUUUAUCUGUCCUGCUUGGGCAAGGAAGGGUUAUUGUGACAGCAAGAGGAUACUCAUGCAGAAACACUGCCCUUCCAGCUGUGACUUCUGUUAUGAAUUCCCAUUUCCCACUGCCCCGCCAACCCCAACUCCCCCACGAACAAAACACAAGUUUGUUGUGGAGGGAAAGAACCUCACCUUCCGCUGUGGUAAGAAGAUAGCAGCCAAGAAAGGCAAAAUCUAUUGGUAUAAGGACGGCGAGCUUCUGGACUUCUCUCAUCCCGGCUACAUUUCCCUGAAAGACGACCAAAUCACUAUUGUGGCAAAUGCCAUCAAUGAGGGCACAUACACCUGCAUCGUGAGGAAGAAGAACAAGGUGCUGACCACGUACUCUUGGAGGGUACGAGUGCGCUUCUGAGGACCUGAGAUUCUCCUAGAGCACAAAAUAUAUCCAGAACAUUAGCUCAGACUAGAUCCACAGCAGCAUCCUCUCAUGCUUGUCUCCUGAUUGGAAGAGAAGGUUCUGACAUCACUCAUCUCAGGAUAGCUGUCGCAUUGAGGAAACCACGGGAUCAGGGUUAAAGUUCACCACAGUACUGUGGAACAUCACUCACUUGGGCACACAUUCAUGUCAGUUUAUACAUACACAAAGCCAAAUGUUUUCAUAUCAGGGUUUUUACUUGUGUGUGUUGUAAAUACAUUUCUUAUUUGCCAAAUAAAACAAUUUAUUCUGUCAUUUAAAGCCUUUAAUUCAGAAUGACAUGAAAUGUAAUCCAUAAAAAAAAUCUGUGAAGUUUGGGGGGAAAAUACAGUGGGGUCUAAAAAGUCUGAAAAUGCUGGUGAAACUUCAUUCUCAAAUUAAAAAUGUAAUUACAAAUAAUUAAACUGAAAAAAGUACAUACAUUUCUAAAUGCUUUGCUAUAUUGUCUCUCUUAUGCUUUAAUGACAACAGAACUAGAGUUGGCAUGAACAACACCUGAUGAUUCAUGAUAUCCAGCAUGAGAUGUUCUGAAGUUGAAUGAAUGAGGCAUUUAUAUAGCGCUUUCUUGUGUAUUGCUAUACACCCAAAGAGCUUUGCCUUUACAAUCAUAUAUCAGUUGCUCACUUUACAUCAUUAUUCUUUACAUUUAAUCUUAAAACAUGGAUUUCUUACUUAAAGGGGUCAUAUGAUGCGAUUUCAAGU